UCAUGGAUAUAAAGAGGUUAUUUACUACGUCGUUGUUUGUCUAAAGUGUAGACAUUGGCAAUCGGAAAUUAUGACAAAUCAGAAUGAAACAAAGUGGGAUUUAACUUCAAACAUUAUUCCCUACUGUAAACUAAAAUAUUUAAGCUGAUAUUUUCCUAAUAUACUGAUUACCUUAAAAUUAUAAAAAAUGAAAUUAAAUUAUACACAGUUGCCUAUAAAGGCACAUUACUUCUUUUUUAUGGCAGCAAUGGGUCCAAUUCUACCAUUUUUACCAGUUUAUGGCAAACAACUUGGAAUUUCUGCAAUAAUCAUGGGCAGCAUUACAGCUAUUUUGCCAAUAUUGUUCUUAAUUGCAAAACCAACUUUUGGAUUUCUUGUAGACUACUUCCAUACAUGGAGAAAAUCAAUUUUUAUCAUGUUGUUAGCAACAACAAGUUGUUGUUACAUUUUUAUGUACUUCUUACCGAUACUUCCAGGUCCAAUUUUACCAGACCAUACUUUUACAAAUGUGUCUUGUGACAUUUUACCAUAUUGCUCAUCAAAGGAUAUUUCUAGUCCAGACUUAUGUACGGGGAUAAAAAAUACAAUGUGCCAUUGGAGUUGUACAAAUAAAAAUUUUUCUAUGUCAAUACAAUUUCAAGCAAUUAACGAAAAAGUAAAUUUUUCUUCAAAUUCUACAUGUAUAAUUGACAAGAAUGCUACCUUAUAUUGUACUCAUAGUAGUAAUUGCAAUGUUACCUGUGAUAAUUUUGAAAAUAAGCAUUGCCUAUAUACAUCUGUAACCUUUUGGGGCUUUGUUUUCUUAAUGUCUCUUGGCAAUAUUGGUUUUAAUGUAGGCAAUAGCAUAAGUGAUGCAAUUUGUUUUGAUAUACUAGGUGAUGGUGGUGAAAUGGGAUAUGGUAGACAACGUGUUUGGGGAACUAUUGGUUUUGGAAUUUCUGCCUUUUUAACUGGUUAUGCAAUAGACUACUGGUCUAAAGGAGAAAUUAUAAAAAUAUAUACACCAGCAUUUUUACUGAUUUUUAUAUUCACAAUCAUUGAUUUAUUUUGUUGUAAGAAAUUGAAUCUGCCAAAAAUGACAGGAUCGACCGAUAUAUUGAAAGAUGUUAUGAAACUUUUGAAAUUAAAAGCUAUAAUUGUAUUUCUCUGUUUUGCAACGAUUGCUGGCAUUCUUGAUAGUUUUAUGAUUUAUUUUUUAUUUUGGUACUUAGAAGACCUUGCUAUGGCAACUGGUUAUAUGAGAGAGAUCAAACUAAUUGAAGGUUUAAUCGUUGCAGCAGAAACAUUGGGCGGUGAAGUAAUAUUCUUUUCUUUAUCUGGUAAAAUCCUAAAAAAACUAGGAUUUGGAUAUACUUUUACAUUUUGUUUCGUAUGCUAUGCAUUACGACUUGGUUUAAUUUCUUUAGCAUCAACUCCAUGGUGGGUAAUACCUAUAGAAUUAUUCAUGCAAGGACCUACUUAUGCACUUUGUUAUACGACAAUAGUUGCCUAUGCAAGCAAAGUUGCACCACCCGGUACGUCAGCUACUGUUCAAGGAAUCGUAGCUGGCAUGGACGAUGGUUUUGGUUUUGCUAUUGGUAGUCUAAUAGGCGGGAUUUUAUAUAAAUUAUUUGGAGGUGUAACAACAUUACGAAUAUUUUCAUCCAUUGCCAUUGUAACUGCGUUUCUAUACUUCAUUUUAUACGUGUUAUAUUUAAAAGACAGGACGCCAGGUACAAAGAACAAUGUAGACUGGAAAACGCCCGAAGAAGCACAAAAACAGUGUACCGUUGCGGACAGUUGACCCUGAUAGGUUUUUCAAUAGACGUUUAUUCACAAUGAACAAUUACAUAUUUUACAUGUAACUCUGCUUAUAUCGAGGCGACACUAUAUUACAGUACACCUGAUAGCACACACCUUUUAAUGUGUGGCAAAUCUCUUCAGACC